UGAAAACUGUUGAUGGUCCAGGAAGUUGACAGGCUUUCUUCAUAGCAAGAAAGGACGGAACGAAGGAGCUUUAAAUCAGCACGAAACGUCUGAUAAAGCAAACCAAAUUGGAUUGCUCAGACCUUGAGAUUGUCUUUUUACCCCGAUCAGCAUCAUGAGUUCUUCUCCGGUCCUUCGCCAACAAAGUCAGAAUAAAAUCCGCAGUGAUUUUCUAAGAAUGAAGAGUGAACACAACAUUCAACAGCCAGAGCCAAAGCUUUCUGAAGUAAUGUCCUCGCUUCACCUUUCAAAGAAAGGUGCUGAAAACAAAGAUCCUAUAGAAGCUGGUCGAAAGCCUCCUUUGCAGCCAGGUGGGAGCCGGCUCCCCGUGCUUGCAAAGUCCCUAAAACUCCAGGCUCCCCUUUUAUUCAAGGAAUCCCAUAGCAAGUGGGAAGAAAAGCCGUUAGCUGGUAAAACGAAGAGGAAGGCAUGUACUCGGCCUGUACCGUUUAACUUCUCGCAGCGGAGAACCACAAGGAGAGGAACUGAGAACUCUGAACCUUUAACAGCCCCUCAAUCAAGGACUCGGGGGAAUCGGCCUGAACACAGUUCAUUCAAAACGCCCAGUAAACAUCAAGAUUUGGUUAAAAAUUCAGGGAAGUCCCUUGGAAAGGCUGUAGUAAAUGCAACUCACAUUUCAAGUCAGCCCAGUCCAAAAUUAAAGACUUUAGCCCAUUUGAAAAAUCCUACAUCCACAUCUGGUAAGAUAGCGAAUCAAAAUGUAAGUAUCACCUCAGACCAAGCUCAUCUUCAUCCAGAGGUCAGCUUGGACGUGCCAAAGACUUCAGCUGUUCAUCAGUCUGUGUCACUGACCACACAGGCCAGUUGUUCAAAUCCUUUAAAUGAAAAAAGUGAGAACUGCCAACCAGGCCACGCGGUUUUGCUGAAUAUCCUCCGGGACGAGGGCGUAUUCCGUGCAAGUCAAGCAGUUGUUACUCCGAAACACUCCAAACAAUACAACUAUCUACCUCAGCGAGUGUCUGUUAAGAAGACUCAACAAAAAGAGGGAACAUUCGCAGGACCGGUGAGGUCAGUGGGGUUCUUGCCCGACGCCACUGCUUUGCGGAGCAUCCUUCAGAACGAGGGCAUGAAGGAUGCCAUGUCCAGAAAUUCAGUAUGUCCACCUGGCAGAGGCACUUCAAUCUACAGUGCUCAAAGAGUGCCUGUUAAGAAAAGUUGUCCAAAUUCAACCAGUUGUACUAUGGCAGCGGUGUUCAAAGAGACGGCAAAGACAAAGUGGUCUCCACAGAGAGUCUGCAACACCAAACAUCAGCCCAUGUCUGCCAUGAAAUGGUAUCUGUCUCCAUGCGGCACCGUUGGACACGCAAGCUACAAAAGGAACAUUCAUCCACGUCAGGAGGAAGUUGUCCAGAAGUUAUUUGAUGAUCCAGAAGACGACCAGAUCACAGCUGGGACGGACAACAAUCCCUCAGCAAAAUCAGAGCAGAUCUCAGUUCCAUCCUCCUCCAAUAAACCCCCCACAGAGGAGAAGGCAGAGACAGGGAGGCGUAACAGGGACGACGACGACGAGGAUGUGGAGAAGAUGAAGACUUUCCUCCACGCUCCACCAAGAGAGUCUGUCAUUUUUUUCUCGACUGGUAAAAAGUUGAUGAGAGCGCCGCGGUUUGAGAACCAGGAAGCCUCGGCCCAGCGGGAUCAAGUUUUAUCAGAACAGAAGAAGUUCACAACUGCACAGAGCGACGUGUCGGAGCCGACUCAGCAGAGCAGCUCUGUCGUUCAGCGACUGCGCAGCGAUUUUGUCAAUCAGAAGCCUUGCUCUCUGAAUCCUGCAGUGGCCAUGUUGCGAAAGCGUUUUCCUCCUCUGGAGGAGUUGCGAAUGGACGAGGAGGUCGCGACCUACACCUCGGUGUCUGUCCCAGGUGCUUCUGAGUUUGUCCAUUCUCGCUGCGGAAACCCGUUGGCCUCCGUUUUGCACUUUGAGGAGUCGAUGAGAUUUGUCCCGAUUGACUCGCAGCACGAGGGAUGACCUGCAUUCUGACAACAAUGUGAAAACUUAGCAACUCUCUGCAAUUAUUUGGUUUUUGGACUAUUUUAUUGGUGUUAUUAAAGCUAAUAAAAAUUUGUACUGGCAUUUUUUGAUGACCAUUACUAUUAAUAAAUUGCUAAAUUUAUGUAUGAACUUUAAAAAUAAAAUAGAUUUGUUACAUUUGGAA